GCUGCUGCUACUGCUGCUACUGCUGCAGCACAGGCACAGAAUCAACAGUCUUUUUCGCAAGAGCAGCAAGAUUUUAUAGUAGACUACAAUAAUGCCGCUGCUGUUACUGCCGCUGCCUUCACAAGCAUACCCAACGCAACAUUACAUAACAAAUUACUAGCUACACUACCUCCUAAAACAUUAGCAUCAGCUGAACGGCUUUUAUCACCAGCAAGAUAUGCUCCAAUUACACCUCCAUCAACACGAAGUAACAUAGGAUCUACAAUACAACAAUCCUCCUCUCUUAACCAUUACGUAUCACCCAAUUAUAUUAGUGUAUGUAGCAAUAACCUUCAACCUUUGAACAGCAGUAGUAACAUAAAGUACACGGACGGUAGUAUGAACAGCAGUAAUGGCAGAAGAACUACAGGCUCAAAUGCGCCAGCAAUAGCCAUAUCUGUCCCUACUACAGUAAUUUUGAAUAAGACGCAGAACGCACAACAGCAUUACUAUAACACGUUUCAACUAAGCACCCCGAACAGUACAUUAUCAUCAGCAUUUUUACCUUCAAAAUCACCAACCACAAAGAAAAAAUAUAGCCACGGGGAGAGGAUAGACAGCAACGGCAGCAAACCGAAUGGAAAUAGCUCCAUGCUGCCGGCCACAAGUAUGCACACUAACAAUGAAGAUAAAAUGAUGGUUUGCAGUAAUUGUGAAGCAACAAGCACGCCAUUGUGGAGACGAUCCGCUGACGAUAAAAUUUUGUGCAAUGCUUGCGGGUUGUACUACAAGCUACAUAAAAUACCAAGACCCAAAAAUAUGAAAAAGGACACCAACAGUCAGAAUAAUUCACCGGAUCAAACGGAACGUAUGGAAAUGGAUGAGGAGCAUACAGCUGAGCAGCGCCAGCAACUUAAGGGUCUCAAUUCAGCAUCGCCAUUAUCAGUCUCACCAACGGCAGCACGACCCUACCACCGACGAAGUAAACAAUUUGAGAGAAAAGAAUUACUGCAAAAUGCCGACGCUCAACAGCAAUCGCAGCAAUCACAAUCACAGUCACCACCACAGAUUAUAUGCUCCAACUGCAAGACAACAAAGACCCCUUUAUGGCGUAGGGAUGUUCAAGGUGCGCCUCUAUGUAACGCUUGCGGACUAUAUCUAAAACUGCACAAUGAAAUGCGUCCUCUAUCUAUGAAGACAGAUGUGAUAAAGAAGCGACAAAGAACAGAAUCACUCAUCACUUCAGCAGUAUCUCACGACAACUUAAAAAAGCCUCGAUAUUACGAUCAAAAAUCGCUUUUUUCAGCAAGGAACAGUGAUGGCACAAUAACGCCAGCUUACAAAAAUGCUGUAACAUCAUUGCCCGGUACGGGUAUAUUGAUGAUGACAACUAAUAUGAACUCCAACAAAACAUCUUCUUCUACCUCUUCGACCACUACAACCUUCUCAACAUGAAAAACAGAAGGGUAGUAUUUGCUCAAGAGCCAUUUUAUAUUUCACCUCACAACCAAAAUUAAUGUAUUCCAAAACCUAUUAAUAGAUAAAACUCUAUGACCGAAAAAGAAAAAUAUGUUAUUCUUCUUCUUUUUAUGACCAAAAUAACUGU